GAUUUCACAGUUAGUUUUCCAGAUUUUGCUGACCCGCAGAAGCAGCUUGUACAACUCCAUGUCCUGCUCCUGUCUCCUGGAGGGUCUACAUAGCAGGCAAAGGCUUUUCUCAAGGCUCUUUCAACCCCUCUUCUGUUAUUUCUUAGGUAAUUGUAAUAGUUAAUAGAAAAUGUAAAGUUUAUAUAGCUAUUAGCAUCUGUGUUGUGUUAUUUUCUCACGUACUGUGUAUCUAAGAUACUAGAUUGAAUUUGGUCUUUAAAGGCUGUGUUAUUCUCGUUAAAUGGCUCUAAACAGAAUGCUGUGAAGAACCACAGGUUUGGACAGAGGACAAACAAACUUUACUGCCAUUCAGUGUCUUAAUAGAAACAUCAUAAGCAAAAGUGGUUUUUUUUUGGUCAAGAUUUUAAGGACAAUGAAAUCACGGUUGAAUCUUUGUGAAAACUUAGUUUUCCUGGUUUCAGUUGUGUGAGAUCAGAUUUGAGACUCUUUCUUUUCUCGUUUUGUUGAUGUUUUGAGAGUGCUGUAGUACACACCGAACCUAAACUGCAGAAAGCUCUCCUCAGGUUAUCUGCACUGGCGGUGCGAUAAGGGCAAGUUUAACGAAGUCCAAGGUCUCGCUUUGCCCUGUAGCUAAAACAUCUUAUUUUCACGUUGUGCCUUUGCUGAAUCCGGCCCAGCCGGUCUGGAUCUGAGGGGGUUCCAGGACACGCCUGGCGGCCCGGGGGAGCCGGCGCUCCGCAGGUCCCGGCACGGGCUGGCGGGAGCCGGGCGGGCCCCCCGAGGGGCUCGCUGCUCCCCGCUCCCCGGCAGAAGCGCCCCGGCGCCCGGCGAUGCAGGCGGCCCGGGCGCGGUCCCGGCACCUGCGGCUGCCGCCGGUCCUGUCCUGUCCCGCCCCGGUCCCGUCCCGUCCUGCCCGCUCCGCCCCGGUCCCGUCCCGUCCCGGCCGGGCCGCGCUGUCCGGGGAGCGGGACCGGGGCCGCGCUCCGCUCGCCACCGCCUCCCCGGUGACGUCACCGCGCGGUGACGUGUCGCCCGGCGGCGCGGGGGCCGCCGGAAGCGGCGGAAGGCGGCGCGGAGCGGAGCGGAGCGGGUUGGGUUGGGUUGGUGCCGCCGGAGCGGCAGCGGCGCAGCGCGGAGCUCCAGCCCUGCGUUCCUUCCUUCGGUCCUUGUGUUCCUGCCUUCGCUCCGCGGCAGCGGCGGUACCGAUGAGCGGGCUCCGAGCGCCCGGCGUGCGGUCGGUGCCGACCUGCCUGCUCCUGCUGGGGCUGCUCCUGCCCGCCGCCGCCGCGGGGUGCGAGCUGGAGGCUGCGGACGGCGGCGGCCGGCGGGGAGGACGGGGAGGCGCGGCCGCCUCUGCGGCGGAGCCGGUGACAGAUCCCUGCAGUUCACUCAGCCCACCGUGCUUUACUGAGGAGGACCGAUUCAGCCUAGAAGCUCUCCGCAUGAUCCAUAAGCAAAUGGAUGAUGACAAAGAUGGUGGUAUCGAAGUAGAUGAAAGUGAUGAGUUUCUAAGGGAAGAUAUGCAAUACAAGGAUGCCUCAAAUAAACAUAGUCACCUGCACAGAGAAGACAAGCAUAUCACCAUUGAAGAUCUGUGGAAACGCUGGAAAACCUCUGAAGUUCAUAACUGGACUCAAGAGGACACUCUUCAGUGGCUCUCAGAUUUUGUUGAAUUGCCCCAAUAUGAAAAGAAUUUUAGAGACAGCAAUGUCAAUGGAACAACACUUCCCAGGAUAGCAGUAAAUGAACAUGCUUUCAUGAUCUCUCACUUGAAAAUAAUUGACCGGAGUCAUAGACAGAAGCUUCAGCUUAAAGCCUUGGAUGUUGUUUUAUUUGGACCUCUCACCCGUCCCCCUCACAACUGGAUGAAGGAUUUUAUAUUAACAGUUUCUAUAGUUAUUGGUUUUGGAGGCUGCUGGUUUGCAUAUACACAGAACAGAACCUCGAAAGAACAUAUCACAAAAAUGAUGAAGGACUUAGAAAGUCUCCAAACAGCAGAGCAAAGUCUUCUUGACUUGCAGGAAAGGCUUGAGAAGGCACAAGAAGAGAAUAGAAACGUUGCUGUUGAAAAGCAAAAUCUGGAGCGCAAAAUGAUGGAUGAGAUCAAUGAUGCAAAACGUGAAGCUCAUCGCCUCAGGGAAUUGAGAGAGGGAGCUGAAUGUGAGCUCAGCAGGCUCAAAUAUGCAGAGGAAGAGUUAGUACAGGUUCGUAUGGCUUUAAAAAAGGCUGAGAAGGAGUUUGAGUUGAGAAGUAAUUGGUCUGUUCCUGAAGCUUUGCAGAAGUGGCUACAGUUAACACAUGAAGUUGAAGUACAAUAUUACAAUAUCAAAAGACAGCAUGCAGAAAUGCAAUUAGCAAUUGCUAAAGAUGAGGCAGAAAAGAUAAAAAAGAAGAGAAGCACUGUAUUUGGAACAUUACAUGUUGCACACAGCUCCUCCCUGGAUGAAGUGGACCAUAAAAUUCUUGAAGCAAAGAAAGCACUCUCUGAGUUGACGACGUGUUUGCGAGAGCGUCUUUAUCGAUGGCAACAGAUUGAGAAGAUUUGCGGGUUUCAAAUCGCACACAAUUCUGGGCUACCAAGCUUGACUUCCUCUCUCUACUCUGAUCACAGCUGGGUAGUUAUGCCUCGAGUUUCCAUUCCUCCCUACCCAAUUGCAGGGGGAGUUGAUGACUUAGAUGAAGACACUCCUCCAAUAGUUUCACAGUUUCAUGGGUCCAUUGUAAAACCUCCCAGCACACUGGCAAGAAGCAGUAGCUUGUGUAGAUCAAGACGCAGUGUUGUGCCAUCAUCUCCACAGUCUCAGCACGCUUUGCACUCCCCUGACCCUGACAUCCUUUCUGUGUCGAGCUGCCCAGCUCUCUAUCGAACUGAAGAGGAGGAGGAAGCCAUUUACUUCUCUGCUGAUAAACAAUGGGAAGUACAGGAAACAGGUUCGGAAUGUGACUCCUUAAAUUCAUCCAUUGGAAGAAAACAGUCUCCUCCAGCAAGUCUUGAGAUGUACCAGACAAUUUCUCCACAGAAAGUAUCACCAGAAGAAUUCUCACUUGAGGAAUCAUCUACGGGAGACUCCUCUUCUCUAACUGCAGAUGUUUCUAGGGGCUCUCCUGACUGUGUAGGCAUGGUAGAAACUAAGAGCAUGAUCUUUAGUCCUGCAAGCAAAGUUUAUAAUGGAAUCCUGGAGAAGUCUUGCAGCAUGAACCAGCUUUCAACUGGGAUCCCAGUCCCAAAGCCUCGUCACACCUCAUGUUCUUCGACCGGCAGUGAUAGUAAACCCAGCCAUGAAGCUGCUUCUGUCCCCAGGAUAAGCAGCAUCCCACAGGACCUCUACCAGAAUGGUGAAAAAAAUAAAAAGCCAUCAAAAAUAAAAAACCUCUUUAAGAAGAAGUGUAAGUGAGGUGGGCAGAAGAAAACCUAUAGUAAUAUUAAAAGAACUCUAUUUUUUAAAUCUUUAGGAAUGUAAUUCCAUUUGAGCAUUCCAGACCGGAUGCUUUAAUGGAAUACUCUGUAGGUCACCUAUAUUUAAUGACUGUACUGUCAACGGUUGUGCCAGCUAUCAAUGAGAAAUCAUUAAAACGUUCAGACAGUUUACAUUAAUUUCUGCCUAUUUAUUUCUUUAUUUUUUUAGGUUGUCUUUUUCAGCUUUUUUUAAAAAUUUGAUUUGUUGGACUUUUUUAAGUUUAUUCAUAAACCAUUCUUAAGCCACUUUGGACUCCUAAGCUUUAAUGGACUAGUAAGCCUUCCUGGGCUUGCCAAAGUUUCUUGUUUACUGGAGCAUCUUCCUAUCUUUCCAUAGAAAUAGGAUGUUUAUCUACCGGACUUUAACAAAAAUAAAAGAAGUAGAACUAAAUGAAUUGCACUACUGUUUUACAGACUGGAACAGUCUCUGCAAGUGAAACUGAAAGACUUGUAUUUGACUGAGAAGAUGAAUCUUUUCACUUUUAGAUCUUUUGGGGUUUUUAAGUAGAAUUUAGCAUUUCUAAUUGACUUGAUUUCUGGAAAUGGAAAUGUCAUGCUUUUAUUAUGGGAAGCUUUGUUAGAUGCAUUUAUUAUUAGAAUGGUUCAAGUCCUGCUGUAAAGAUCAUUUUUUUCCCAGGACUUUCACUGUGAUUUUAAUUCACUGCAGACUGUAUGAGAAACAAACAAACAAAAAAAAAAAACAGGAAAAAAAGUAAAAAGUAAAUUACCAAGAGAACAGGCUCUUGAAUCCUUAUGCAAGAUGGUUGUGAAACUUGACUGAAGACUGAAAAAAUUCACCUCUCAAAAUGAGGAGGGGGAAUAGUAGCUUUUGUUUACAGAUUGAUAGACAAUGGACAUUUGGGUGAAAGUUUGUACUGUGGUAAAGAUAAUAAAUUGGAAACAUUAUUGUGCUUGGGAAUGUUCCAGUUCUAGCUAAUGCUUGUUUCACACAUGUUUCAGAGGUCCUGUUAAUUGGAAGCUGUUGUAGGCUACACUGCUUAUGCUUACUGCUGUGUAUAAGUUAUUAUAUUUUUUGAAUUCGCUA